GAUAGGGAGGGUAAUGUAAUGUAAUGCAGCAAAGAGGGAAAGGUAACAACCGUAGAUCCAGGAGUUUCUCAAGGUCCCGUCUCGCUGUUGAAGGCACUUAGCCACACACACACACCCACCGCUUUCAGCUAUGGAUGAGCGUCACAUUCAGAAAUCUUACUGGCUUCAGCAUUCCGCCGAUCUCUCCGUCGAGGCAAUGAUGCUCGAUUCCAAAGCCGCUCAUCUCGACAAAGAAGAGAGACCCGAGGUGCUUUCCCUAUUACCUCCAUUCGAAGGCAAGUCCGUUAUUGAGCUUGGUGCUGGUAUUGGUCGAUUUACUGGUGAAUUGGCUCUGAAAGCUGGUCAAUUGCUUGCUGUGGACUUCAUUGACACUGCUAUCAAGAAGAAUGAAACCAUCAAUGGACACCACAACCAUGUCAAAUUCUUGUGUGCUGAUGUCACAUCUCCAAAUAUGUCAAAUAACGUUUCUGAAGGAUCCGUUGACGUCGUUUUCUCAAAUUGGUUACUUAUGUAUCUCUCAGAUAUUGAGGUUGAAAAAUUAGCUGAAAGGAUGGUCAGAUGGUUAAAAGAUGGUGGAUAUAUAUUCUUUAGAGAAUCUUGUUUCCACCAAUCUGGAGAUUCAAAGAGAAAAUACAACCCUACUCACUACAGGGAACCCAGAUUUUAUACCAAGGUAUUUAAAGAGUGCCAUAUGAGUGAUAAUACUGGGAAUUCCUUUGAGCUUUCUCUUGUGGGAUGUAAAUGCAUUGGAGCUUAUGUUCGAAAUAAGAAGAAUCAAAACCAGAUUUGCUGGAUAUGGCAGAAAGUUAGGUCACAAGAUGAUAGGGGUUUCCAGCGCUUCUUGGAUAGAGUUGAAUACAGCCACAAGAGUAUUUUACGAUAUGAACGGAUGUAUGGCCCAGGCUUUGUGAGCACUGGUGGACUUGAAACGACAAAGGAGUUUGUGGCAAAGCUGGGACUAAAGCCUGGUCAGAAAGUUCUGGAUGUUGGUUGUGGUGUUGGGGGAGGUGAUUUCUACAUGGCUGAGAAUUUUGAUGUUGAGGUUAUUGGCAUUGACCUCUCCAUAAACAUGAUUUCUCUUGCUAUUGAACGUGCUAUUGGACUGAACUACGCUGUUGAAUUUGAUUGUGCGGAUUGCUAUAGAAAAACAUAUCCUGAGAAUACAUUUGAUGUAAUAUACACUCGGGACACCAUGCUGCACGUCAAAGAUAAACCAACAUUAUUCAGAUCAUUUUACAAGUGGUUGAAGCCUGGAGGAAAAAUUCUAAUCACAGAUUACUGCAAAAGUGCUGGAAGUCCAUCUUUAGAAUUUGCUGAGUACAUAAAAAAAGGAGGAUAUUAUCUCCAUGACAUUAAAGCGUAUAGGCAGAUGCUUGAGGAUGCGGGAUUUGAUGAUGUCAUUGCCGAGGAUCGAACUGAUCAGUUUGUGAACACGCUACAGCAGGAGUUAAAUGCCCUUGAGAACAAGAAGGACGAUUUUAUUGGUGACUUCAGCGAGGAAGACUACAAUGAGAUUGUCGAAAGAUGGAAGGCAAAGCAGACCAGGGGUGCAUCUAGAGAGCAGAUGUGGGGCUUGUUCAUUGCCAAGAAAAAUUGACAUGCUUUAUUGCUAUCAUAUGCCUUGUUCUAGCUAUAUUUAAUUCCUGUGUGGCCGGAAUAGUUAUCUGUGUCUUUUAUGUUGGUUUAAGAUUCAUAGCUGCUUUCGAAUUAGAAUGACGAUCUGCUGAGAGGAGAAUGCUCUUCGAUUUGAAUAACAAUGGUCACUUGCCAUUGGCUUCCUUGCUAAAAAAUAAUUUCAACGUCUUGGUUUUUGGUUUGAAUAUUUGGUAAAUUUGCCAUAACAAUUGUUCCCCUCAUUUGGAAUUUGAGAAGAAAACUCUUGGCCCCCUCA